AUGCCAUCUCCUCAAUCCGACCUCAUUACGCAGGAAAUGGAGGAGCUAAAGAUGCUGUUAAAAAUGGGUGACGAGCGAAUGACCUUCCUCAAGGUGUGGUGCGUCGAGGAAACAGAGUCCAGUCCCAUUGUCACGUGUCAGAUGUGUCGUGAAGGUCGUGAAAUGUUUGAUCUUGAGGGCUUCCGUUGCCGAGUUUUCAUCGCGUUUGGUUUGUCGGUCCUGUGUAGCUCUUUUGCUCGCUGUGAUGCAGGAGCCGCGACAGCUGGCAAGGGAUUGCCGCUCACUGCGGCGCAGAUGCAAGCUUUGACCGAAGGUCUGCCUCUCUUGUCAGACAUUGCAGGCCAAGGUGAAAGAGCACCAAUUGCGGCUGCAGAGGAUUUCCUAGUAACAAAAACGGUCCUCCCCAUGGCCGAGCCAGUAGCUCACGUCGAGUGGCUGCUGCUUCGCAACCC